AUGUUGCUUGCCAUUUCACCAUUUCUAAAAAUUAUUGCCGUCAACUAUGAAGCACGAGCCUUUGGUGUCAAGAGAGGGAUGCGGGGAGACGAAGCUCGUGGGAAGUGCCCUGACAUCCAUCUGGUUCAGGUGCCUGUGAAUCGUGGCAAGGCUGACCUCACCAAGUAUCGAGAUGCUGGUAAAGAGGUUAUAAAGGUACUGUGUGAGUUCAGUGACUGUGUUGAGAGAGCCAGCAUAGAUGAAGCCUAUAUUGAAUUAACACAAACAGUAGGAGAGAGGAUCAAGAAGAAUAACGGCACCCGCAUUACCGGUGAUAUGCUGAAGUCAAGCUGGGUUGUUGGCUAUGAUAAGACUGAGGAUGGGGACCAGCAAGGAGUCAGAGAGAAGGGUGUUCUUGAAUGGUUAAACAAUGUUUUUGAAAAUGAAGAGGAUGCAGCUUUGCCUCUUGAUUCCAACCAUCCCCACUGGGAUAAUGUAAGAUUAGCUUAUGCAGCACUUAUUUGCGAGGAGAUGCGAGCAGCUGUUUUGGCACAGACAGGGUUCAAAUGUUCAGCGGGGAUUACUCACAAUAAGAUGCUUAGCAAAUUGGCAUGUGGUCUUCACAAGCCAAACCAGCAGACUGUCCUACCGCAGGAUGAAGUUAGCCAACUUUGGGAUGGUUUGCCCGUAGGAAAAGUACGUCACCUCGGAGGAAAGCUUGGCGACUCACUCACUGAGGAGAUGGGCUGCAACACAAUGGGCGACCUGGCAAAGUUGUCUCUCCAGCAACUAAUCGGCAGAUACGAUAAUAAAACAGCACAUUGGUUGUUCAACCUUGGUAAAGGAGUGGACACAGAACUAGUAACUUCCCGCCAGUUGCCUAAAAGUAUUGGCUGUGGCAAAAAUUUCCACGGAAAAGAGGCACUAAAUACACAAGAGAAGGUGCAAAAGUGGAUGCGCAGCCUUGCUGAUGAAUUGUCAGAGAGGUUAAUGAUGGAUCAAACAGCAAAUAAAAGAAGAGCAAAGACAAUUACAGUGAGUGUGAGAUUAGAUGGAGAUGAACGAUGGACUUCCCUCUCGAGAUCCUGUAGUCUUCCGUCGUACAGUGCAGAGCGCAUAACCCAAGUAGCCAUCUCACUCAUUCAGCACACCAAUGAAGCACCACCAAAGGAUUCAGUGUGGUCACCAGCCAUCAAGAAUAUAAGUCUCUCAGCAGGAAAGUUUGAGGACUGGGCUGGAGCUAGUUCAGGCAAUAUCCAAGAAAUGUUCAAGAGAGCUGCAAAAUCAAGUAUAACUUCCACAGUGCCAUCAUCACUUGUGGCAGACUGGUCAAUGGAUGAAAGUUUAAUUAGUAUAGAGAAUAAAAGAACACAGUGUUCUUCCCAUGACUUCUCCAUGGAAAGUAAUUUAGUUCAUGAGGCUAGUCCACUAGUGAAGGAAAAUAUCUUGGCUAAAACAAAAUUAAUUCCUAAAGAUAACCUUGAACACAAUCCCAAAAAGCCACAGGAUGCAGGUGCAGGUUCUAGUAAUUCAUUUUUCAGGAACUUUCUCUUGCGAAGACAACAGAUGAAGUCGGCAGAUGUGAGUGAGGAAAAAGAGACUUUGGCAAAUUCAGUCCCUGGUGCAGACAGUAUUCAGGUAGAUGAAUCUGCUGAAGAAAGUGAAAAUGCAGAUCUUGACCUUUUAGUAAGUCAAUUAGAAGAAAAUGAAAAUGGUGAGGAAGCAGAUAAUGGCCAGGAUAAUAAUAGUGAAAUUGAUAGUAAUAGUGAUGACGACUCUAUAUAUCAAGCUUCGACUGAUAUCGAUUCAAGUUUUGCAACUCAGAAUGAUGCUAGUCAAGAUCUUUUUAUGGAUUAUGAUGUCAGUAAUGAGGAAAAAGGAAAUAUGCAGUUACAUGUUGAAAUUGAUGAAGCAAACAUUGAUCCUUUAGAUAAUUAUGAAGCAGAAAGGACUCUAGAUGUACUUCAGGGAGAAGAAGCACGGAUUGGUCGCAAUCAAAAUUUUGAAACAAACAGCGGGUCAAAAGUGUCAGUUCAUGAACUCUUCCCAGAUCUAGAUAAUUUUGAUGAAUCCUUGUUGCCCAUGUUGCCAAGUGACUUGAGAACUGAAGUAGAAAAAGCUCUUGCAGCUCAUAAGGUAAGAGCAGAAGUUAAGCCAAAAAAGACAGGCUUAUGGAAAUAUGUCACAAGCAGCCCAUCCAAAAGCACAUCAUCUCCUGACAAGCAAGCUACAAGUACAUCUGUCACACCACAGAAUAACAGGAGUGUCAUUCAAGAAGGAUCUCCACAAUCAAGUACUUGUAUGACAUAUGUGAAUGGAGGCAUCCAAAAGGCCUCAAGGGUGCUCAUGAAUUGUCAUGAAAGUCCUAAAACUGUUGUACAGGAAAGUACAAAGUCUGUUGGAAGUGUUCAAAAUAGUGAUGACACAAUGGAGUGUGCAGAGUGUGGUGCUCAAAUAUCGGCAUUUGACAUGCCCGAACACCUUGAUUUUCAUGUAGCUCUGAAACUUCAAACGGAUAUGAGGCAGGAAAUGAGACAAGAUGCUGAGAGCUCAACACCAAGGAUCAAUAGAGACCUCAGCAGGAACUUAAGAGGCAAAAAGAGAGGGAGACCAAGUAAAGGGGAGGGUUUAAGUAAAUCAAGCAAAAUUCAGAAAUUGGAUUCAUUUUUUAGAUAGAAAGGAAUAAGAGUAUGUUGUCAAGGUUUAUCAUGCUAGUUUUUAAUCAAAGGUUUGCCCAUAGGGAAUGUUCUGAAAAUUUUCAAUUUCAGUGUUCAUUUCCAUAUCUUGGUCAUUAUAUUUUAUCAUGGGAGUUUUUGAUGCAAAGCAAUAGUACCAGAUAGACAUGUAAUUACUCACUUGUAAAGAAAAACUUUUAUGAAGUAUUUUAUCUCCAGAAUGAUUCAGAGAAAGAAGUCAGACAUACCUAACAUGGCAGUUUUCAUUUCUAUUUUGCAAAGACCUCAUGAUGAACAUACUUGUUGAUAGGUUGAAGGCCCCAGGAGAACUGAACUAAUACCUUACACAAAUGGGUUUUUAUCCCCAGGUGCAUGUAAAGCAACUGUUGUAGUAACUCUGGCAUACAAAUUAUAUUUUACCAGCUGAAAAGUUAUUUUAUAGUAAAGCAAAAACAAUAUUGCACAUUAAACUGUUGCUUGAUGCACAAAUAUUUAUUUAUACAAAUAUAUUUUUAAUGUAAACUAUUUAUUUCCUGUGAUAUGGCCUUAUAAAAAGGAUAAACUGAAAUAAAUUAUUAACAAAAUGUAAGAUUUGAAAUUAAACAUAAAUAAUAUAUAACUGCAUAGGACAAAUUACUGAAUGUGCAAUCAUCAGAGGUUUACUCACAUACUGUAACCAAAAAUAAGAUGUAUGAAAGCAAACAAAUAUUUUUGUUCUUCAUUAAGUGUAUGAAAGCAAACAAUUACUUUAUUCUUUAA